GGGCCGGUUCCGGGCGCGGUGCCGCCAUGUCGGCAGCGCUGCUCCGCCGCGGCCUGGAGCUGCUGGAGCCGCCGGGCCGGGCGAAGGCGCCGCCGGGAUUCCAGCGAGGCCGGGUCGGCCCCAGGGCGGCGGGCGCGGCGAGGCGGAGGAAGAGGGGACCGGAGCUCGGCAGGAACAAGGCCACGGUCAAGGGCAGAGUCGUGAAGUCGGCGAUCGAGGAGUACCAUAAGAAGAAGCCUGUGAAUCACUUGAGAGAAAACCUGCAGUACAUGUUAAAGGGACGACUGGUUGCAGACAGAGCUGUCACAGAACAAGUUCUUGCUCAGAACAGAGGCAGGAAGUCCAAAGAUCAGCCUCCAGAGAAGAAAGAAAAGAAGAAGCCAGAAGACACUGUGUUUACUGAGGAAGAUUUCCGUAAAUUUGAGAGGGAAUACUUUGGGGUCCCAUAAACAUCAUGGCAGGGAUUCUUGCAGCUCCAGUCUUUCUGCAGCUUCUCCACUCUGGCUCGCAGGCCUGGGCAUUUCCUUGGUGUGUUUGAGCUGGCACAUGGGGGAUGUGCCUCUGCCACUGAGUGCCUCUGUGUGAGACUUGCAGAGCUGCUCUGCUUCUGGGCAGAGCUUGUUACUGGCCAGCUAAAGCCACAGAGGUGCUCUUGGCUCUGAGGUGUGUUCUCCUUAUAAUUACCUUCUGCAGCCAGCAGGUCUUGCAUUCUUGAUGUAGAAGGGUGGACCAAGCUGAAUAAAAAUCUUUUUUCUCUUCAUCAUAAUAUAAGGCUCCUGUUACUUGUGUUAUUUCGCAGGGAGCAUUGAAAGUAUUGUAUCUGAAUGGAGAAAUGUUUUGGAGCAGCGUUAAGAAGGGAAGGAUGCUUUGUAAGACUGUUAAACUUGAGUGACCCUGCAGCUUGGGCUCUUAUUACAGCCCCUGUCAGUCAUUGCAUAAACUUUUUAUAUGUCAUUUGAUUAAAUAAUUGUUGCA